UUGUCGUGUGAGCGUUCGUCACGUCACUUUACAUUUUGUCAAUAUUAUUUUGCCUCGAACGUGAACCGCGCAGCAUCUGUAUCACGAAAACGGUGAAUAUUUCCGCAGACAUCAGUGUCCUUUUACUGCACCAGUCGCACAGUGUGGAAGAAUAGUGUCCCCCUUUUCCGAGAGUGAACAAAGAAACUGAAAACCGAGUGCCCGGCCCCCAAAAGCAGAAGCCCCCUCUUUCCGUGCCCCAAUGUUUUGCUAUGUUUUACGGAGUGGCAGCGAAACUAAACCAUCAUCUGGCAGGCUUUUUGCGCACUAGUUGUAGCUCUUCGGUGGUGUCCUCUUCCGGCGGUGGCAGUGGCAGCUUCCUCCCGAAGUCCUGGAGAAGGUGGUCCACUACAUCAGCAGCGUCAUCGGAACGUAGCCUUGUCUUGCAACCACUUAGCCGAACCACAUUUACAGCAUCCACAUCGGGCUUCAUCAUCUCUUCGAACUCACCGGAUCAAUAUCAACCUCGGCAAGUGGGACAAAUUUGUUCUCUUCACACCACGGCCGACAUGGCUUCCGGCGAGGCGGGACCAUCGGACAAACCGAAGCACACCAACCGGUUGAUCAACGAAAAGUCACCAUACCUGCUGCAGCAUGCCCACAAUCCGGUCGAUUGGUAUCCCUGGGGUGAAGAGGCUAUCGCUCGUGCCAAGGCCGAAAACAAGCUCAUCUUCCUCUCCGUCGGUUACAGCACCUGUCACUGGUGCCACGUGAUGGAGAAGGAAUCGUUCGAAAACGAACAGGUGGCCGACAUCAUGAACGAGAAUUUCAUCAACAUUAAGGUGGAUCGCGAGGAGCGACCGGACAUUGACAAACUGUACAUGACCUUCAUCUUGCUCAUCAACGGAUCCGGUGGGUGGCCAAUGUCGGUCUGGUUGACUCCGGAUCUGGCACCGGUGACCGGUGGAACCUACUUCCCGCCGAAGGAUCGCUGGGGAAUGCCGGGGUUCACGACAAUCUUGCUUAAAUUGAAGAACAAGUGGAUUACCGAUGGAGAAGAUUUGGCCUCCACGGGAAAGAGCAUCAUCGACGCUAUUCAGAGGAAUGUUGAGGAGAAGCACCAGGAAGAAGCGGAAAGGGUGUUUACUCCGGAGGAGAAGUACCGCCAAGCGGUCACCAUCUACAAGCGUAACUUCGAUCCGGUUUGGGGCGGUUCGCUCGGUGCUCCGAAGUUCCCGGAGGUGUCCAAGUUGAACCUUAUCUUUCACGCCCAUCUUCAGGAUCCGUCAACGAAAAUUCUGGGGGUAGUGCUAAAUACACUGGAGAAGAUGGCCGCGGGUGGUAUUUAUGACCACGUGUUCGGUGGGUUUGCGAGGUACUCGGUGGACAAGAAGUGGCAUGUGCCUCAUUUCGAAAAAAUGCUGUACGAUCAGGGGCAACUGUUGAUGGCUUAUGCCAAUGGGUAUAAGACCACGAGGAAACCAUUGUAUCUGGAGGUGGCGGAUUCGAUCUACAGGUACAUUAGCAAGGAUCUGCAACACCCGGCUGGUGGCUUCUAUAGCGGAGAGGAUGCCGAUUCACUUCCCACGUGGGAGAGUACUGAUAAGAUCGAGGGCGCAUUCUACGCCUGGACGUUCGCCGAAGUUCGUGAUCUACUGAAGGCGAAUUUGGACAAAUUCGGCGAUAUCGGAAAGGUGGAUCCGGUGGAAGUGUUCACCGAGCAUUAUGACAUUCAGGAAACCGGAAAUGUGGAACCUAGUAGCGAUCCCCAUGGGCAUCUUCUGGGCAAAAACAUCCCCAUCGUGUACGGAUCGGUUCGCGAAACGGCCGACAAGUUCGAAACUACUGCGGAAGUGGUCGGCAAGAUUUUGAAAGUUGGCAAUGAACUGUUGCACGAAGUGCGCGACAAACGACCUCGACCGCAUCUAGACACCAAAAUCAUCUGUGCCUGGAACGGGCUGAUCCUGUCCGGGCUUUCGCAGCUCUCAUGCAUCAAAGAUGCACCCAAUCGGGACAAUUAUCUGAAAAGCUGCUCGAAACUAGUCUCAUUCAUCCGGGAGAACCUCUACGAUGUGCAAGCUCGCAAGCUGCUCCGCUCCUGCUACGGAGACGAGAGCGACCAAGCAAAGUCAUUGGAAACUCCAAUUUAUGGAUUCAUCGAUGAUUACGCGUUCCUUAUCAAGGGCCUUAUCGAUUACUAUCGUGCCUCGCUAGAUACCGGUGCCCUGAGUUGGGCGAAGGAAUUGCAGGAGAUCCAGGACGAGUUGUUCUGGGACCACAAGCACGGUGCAUAUUUCUACUCGGAGGCCAAUUCGGCCAAUGUGGUCGUACGGCUGAAAGAAGAUCACGAUGGAGCGGAGCCCUGCGGGAACAGUGUCUCCGCGCACAACCUCAUCAUGCUGGGCGACUACUUCGAAACGGCUGCCUUCCGGGAGAAGGCAAACAAGCUGUUCAGCUACUUUUCCAAUGUUACUCCCUUCGGGUAUGUGCUGCCGGAAAUGAUGUCGGCCAUGUUGCUGCAGGAGAACGGACGUGAUAUGUUGGUCGUGGUUGGAAAUCGUUCCCAAUCUCUUACCCCCACAGGUCCCGAUGGACCCGAGGCCACCGCCCUGGUGGACGCCGUUCGGGACUUCUACAUGCCCGGUCUGCUAAUCGUGCAACUGGACCCGAGUCUCCCAGACCACAGCCUCGGCGGCAAGACGCUCAAAAGCUUCAAAAUGAUGAACGAGGCCCCCACGGCUUACAUGUGCCACAACAAGGUGUGCCAACUGCCGGUCACCGAACCGGAGAAGCUCGCCGACGAUCUGGUCAACUCGUACGUGUUCGACUAUGCCGAAUACGAGAACUGAUUUUUCGAGGCCUAAGGUUUUCUGUACGCGUUGGGAUGUUUUGAACAACAGUCUUAGAAGUGGGACAGGAACUGGCGGCCGCGACGGAAGCGAGAGAUCGGAAAAGUAUCGUUUUAAUGAUAUUUUAACCAUCACAACUAGCGCGUAGGCGAAUUUCGUACGUUUUUCUACGUUUGACUUUGCAUGUGUCACUAGAAAAUCAUCAAUGUUGAUUCUAAUUGUUUCUAUCAGAACAAAAAUUUGCAAAAAUACACAUAUUCUAAAUCAAAUAGAACGAACAAAACUAGCACACCGAAUCAAAUGAAUAUCAUACUAGAAAUUAAUGUUGCGCAACUAGAAUCAUACUAAUAUCACAAGAGUAUCAAAUCAAUUUUAAUCAAAAUAUUUCUAUCGAACCUCAAAAUAUUUUCGAACAUUUUUAAUCGUUAUGUAACGCUAACCGCAGAAAUCUCACAACGCGUCGGUAGUGGCAAACUAUUACGUACUAAUGGAAUAGGCAGUAAUCAUUGUUAGGGAACGCACGAAAUUUUAUUCGCAAUUUUCUUGCUCACAGUAGAAUAAUUUACAAUCUAACGUAGUCAUAGUGGCAGAUAGAAGGAAAACAUCCGACAAAGGAAAAUGAAUCGAACGCGAAUUGAGCUAAAAGCAAAACAAUACAAUACCAUGUGAUCUAGCGUUUAGAAAACCCAGCAAACAAAAAAAAAACCUGUAAAUCAAGGUGCCAAUAUUUGGUUGUUAAAACCCCUCACAAGGACACAGUUUUUACUCCGUGAAAAGGAAGCGAAAUUUGUUAAGUUAUUUAAAUCUCUAUUAUUAUGCUAACCUAGAAGAAGUGACGAGAACUGGCUGCAACAUGCCUCCCUGCUGAUGAAAUGCAAAGGAUUACCUUUUGAAAGCAUGAAUUAUUACAACUAAAUACAACUCUACAAGACGUGUUACGUCGUAUUAUUGUUACCAGUUUCCAGUGCGUGGUUUUAAAAACGAACAAACACCUCUCUAUGGGGGAUUUAUUUCAAUAAAGAGACAUUUGAAGUAAAUGAUUAUCUAAAAGCAAUCUA